UUCACGCUAAAUGACCUCGAAGCGUUUGAAGAUAUCAUCUGUUUGUAAAGUUAAGUCAGACGUGUCACUCUGAUAAAGGGGAAUGAGUUUAUUUCAGGGUAGAUCAUAUCAAUGUCGACCCUGGUUAAAAAAACCCAUCCAUGCAUGUGGAAAGAGAAAAGUCCAGGAAGGAUAUAAGAACUAUAUGGUACAGGGCGUCAUCAUAAUUUUUUGAAAGUGCGACUAUGUUCCGGAAAAACAUACUGAUGCGACCUAAAUACAGGUUAACAGUAUACAUGUUUUCAUCUCUGAAUAUGUUAACACUGUACAUUAAUUCAUCUUUACACAUGCUAACACUGAACAUUCAUCUUUACACAUGUUAACACUGUAUAUUCAUCUUUACACAUGUUAACACUGUACAUUAAUCUUUACACAAGUUAACACUGUACAUUCGUCUUUGCACAUGUUAACACUGUACAUUAAUCUUUACACAAGUUAACACUGUACAUUCGUCUUUACACAAGUUAACACUGUACAUUCGUCUUUGCACAAGUUAACACUAUACAUUCAUCUUUACACAAGUUAACACUGUACAUUAAUCUUUACACAAGUUACCACUGUACAUUCGUCUUUAAACAAGUUAACACUGUACAUUCGUCUUUGCACAAGUUAACACUGUACAUUAAUCUUUACACAAGUUAACACUGUACAUUCAUCUUUACACAAGUUAACAAUGUACUUUCAUCUUUAGAUAGGUUAACACUGUACAUUCGUCUUUACACAAGUUAACACUGUACAUUAAUUCAUCUUUACACAAGUUAACACUGUACAUUCAUCUUUACACAAGUUAACACUGUACAUUAAUUCAUCCUUACACAAGUUAACAUUGUAUAUUCAUCUUUACACAAGUUAACAUUGUACAUUUAUUUUAACACAUGUUGACGCUAUACAUUCAUUUUAGAUGUGUUACACAGUGCAUUUAUCAACUGUACCUGCGUAACACCUUAUACUAGUAUACCUUUUUACUCUUCAAAUCUUUCUAUUACAAAGAAGGCAAACAUCUUAAUAUCCACACAAAAAUAGGAAACAGAAUGGUCGCCGACGCUGUGAUUGCUAUUAAUGUAUUCAAAUUGGAGUACAGAGGUAGUUAGAAAGAGAUCCACCUACUGACACCUAGUACACUUAGGUAGUGAGGUGUUACGCCCGUUACUGAACACAUCGCCAAUACAACAUGGCAGGCUUCAUCACUGGCAAAUUUCUCUUCGGGAUUCUCGCCUUUCUUACCAUCCAAUUUGGUACAUGUUUGUCUAAGAUGUUAGAAGAAAACUUGAGAAUAUCAGCUUUCAACCUGAGGAUGUUUGGAGAUGCGAGAGCGGAAAAUACAGACGUUGUUGAAAUUCUCGCAAAGAUUAUCAGACGAUACGAUAUCAGUAUCUUACAAGAAAUACGAGAUAAAGACGGUUCGGCAUUCAAACUGCUGAUGAAUGAAGUAAAUGGUAACACUGAUGAAUAUGCUAGCGACUUGAGUCAACGUCUGGGGACAAGCCACAUCAAGGAGGAGUACGCAGUGAUUUACAGGAAAGAUACUGUCCGUCUAGACGACACAUACCAGUACCCCGACCCAGACUACGAUUAUUUUGAGAGACCGCCGUUUUCUGUUAAGGUUCACCUGAAAACAGCCGAUGAAUUAGACGAGAUGGCAAUAAUUGCCAUCCACACUAAGCCCACCGAGGCCGUUGAGGAGAUUGAUAAACUCGUCGAUGUAUCUAAGAAUACAAGUGAUCACUGGAAUGGUUUAAAGAAUAUCCUAAUCGCCGGAGACCUAAACGCCGGCUGCAGUUAUGUGACAACUAAGGAAAUGAAGAUCAUUUCUCUCCGAAAGGACAAGCGAUAUAGCUGGCUUAUUGGCGAUGAUGUCGAUACUACGACUUCCGGUUCAGACUGUGCUUACGACAGAUUUGUGGCUUCUGGUGAUCAAUUGAAGGCUGCAAUAGUUCCAGGAAGUGCACGUGAAUUCAAGUUUGAGGAAGAAUACAAUUUAUCGGAAAAACAGAUGAAAGAAGUCAGUGAUCAUUAUCCCAUUGAACUUGAAAUCAGAGGGAGAGUAAACCGCAGAGAACUGGCUAAAUUUGACAGUAAAUUGUCGAUGUCAUUCCAAGAUAACACCAUUCACAACAGAGAAGAUGUCAUGCGGAUACUCAACUCGGACGACUUCGUGCAAUAUGGUUUUGACGUUUCGAUUGAUGUUAACAUUGGCACCGAAAAAAAACAUAUCACUGCCUUUAUGGACAAUAUGACAAAAGAUCAGGUCUUAUCAAUAAUGCAUAGCAUUAACCUUUCCUCGGAUCUGAUCAGGGAAUCGGUGUGCGAGCUGGUAAUACUCCACCUUAAUUCGCCACUCAUGAGUGGCAUUCCAGGUGGACACGGUUUUCUGAUUGAGUAUGAUAUGAGAUAUGCUUUCGAGGUAUCGUGUGAAGAGGACGGAUAUCAUAGGUGUAGUUUUAAACUCACACGCGGUAUCGUCACCAUCGGCAGCUUUGCCUAGACGUGUAAUCUUCACAGUUUAGUUACAAUUACAUUAAAAUGAAUAUUAACAAAUUCAAUUAUUAUCUUGUGUAUCGUUAAGAUAUAACCGGAGUGUUAACGCUAUGAAACUUUCGAUUACAAUAGUUACAUGCGUUUUAACUUUUCAAGUGUAUCCGUUGAGACCGCGUGCGAUCGCUGAUGAAUGCGCGUACUUGAUUAAUGUGAAUGAAAUCAGAAAUAUUACAUAUCUUAGUAAGCGCUAUAAGUAAGAGACGAUGUGAUUUUUCCAACUGUAACAAAUGAUAUAAAAUAUGUAUGAUCAACCAACUGAAAUAAACAUCAUACAUAAUGCAUAGGAAUAUGUAUUGUCUGAAAAUACUCCUACUCCUUGUACGUUAAUCAAUUCGAAUAGCCUGAACAUCAUCACAAUCCAAACGUUCUACUAAAACUUGAAUUAGGAACAUAAUUUUGGGUAAAGAUUUAACACACUAUUCAUCGAAGCAGGUCACUGAUUUUAAUCAUAUCAAGUAAAUUUGUGCUAUCACUGCAAGAUAUCAAAAUAAGUUGGCUACUGGAAACGAUCAGAUCACGAUUGUGUUGUCAAUGUUUGUGGGAUGUAUAUGUAAGUGUAUGUAGUGCAGUCAUUUGUGUACGUAUCCUGCGAUAGUGCAGAACUCAUCCCGUGUUGAUAGCGUUAUCAUACUGAAAUAACAGAGUCGAGUGUAUACAACACGAUCGACGCUCGUUUACACUAAGGUUAUAGAUCGUUACCUGUAUUUACACAACUAGAGGUAUCCAUUAUAAGACUCUUUUCAUGCGUAGGUAUGAAGGUUAUGGACAUUCUAACCAUUUCACAAACAAACAGGGUUUUACAACAUUUUGUCAUCCGGGGGGUAGAAUAUCCAUGUCCUUCACACCUUUUCUAUAGCAAUGUUCCCGUAUCCUGCAUCCAGACCUUCCACAGUUUUGGAAAAUUAUAAUCUAUUGUCUAGAAAUUAACUGUCAAUACCCGGAAACGGCAUCCAAUGGUUGCACAAAACAUUUUGUCGAUUUUUCCCCCGUUGUUUGUGCCCCUUUUUAUUUCCCUUUUAAUGAAAACUAUGACGGGAAGACGGUCAUAUUGAUAACAACAAGAUGUCACGCCAGUAAUCUUCGUUGUAACGUCAUAAUCAACACACAAGGACCAAUAUUAUACCCGUAAGUUUUUUAAAGUAUACGGGGAAUUCCCAAAAAUAAUAACUGUGGCUGCCGGACAAAGUUUCUCUGAAAAUUAGUCCCACAAUGCAACGGCGGGUUUUAUAGUCCAUACAAAAUGGCAAAACUCCGAAAGCGUGGACCUGUGAAAACGCCGACAGAUUCUGCCAAAAAAAACAAGAAACAAAAAACCGCAAAAGUGAGUGGAAUCGGCAAAACCCGAGUAUUUCCUUAGGAAAGGAAAUGAUUCGUCGGAACGUAGCGAGAGAAGAAAAGGGAAUAGACUCGAAUUCCGAUUUUGCCGGACGUCUAUUGGAUUGCUGGUUAGAUUUUGUACAUUGUCAAUUUGCUACAUUUUAAAGUAUUUAAAUGUAAACUAUGAUUAUUUUGUUCAGUUGCCUGGGUAUUACGCGAAUGUUUAAAUGAAAGCAUUAUUAGGCAAAGUUCACGUAUGCUCGAUAUGUAAACAACGGCCAUGUGUGUAGUUUAUGUGCAGUGCACGUUGUUAUAGCCUCAUUCUCGGCGCCGUGACAAAUGUCGCGAUAAAUAUAAAUGCAGCGAGUUAUUUUUAUAUACUGAUGUCUCAAGGACUCCCCCGGUCAAGCGUCUAGACCAGUGGUCAUUUUAAUGUGAGGAGAGCGUGAAUGAGCAUCUUGGAUUACCAUUAAUACAUGUGAGCAACUAGAAUUUUAUGUUGUUUGGAAGUAUGUGGCUUUAAAUGACGGUCACAUUCGAUUUCAGACCUAUCCGAAAAAUAAAAACACUUGGUCAAGAAUAUCUGAAUCCCACUGGAAGAACUUGAGAAGAUUGAAUUGUGAAAAGUUUACGCACAUCGCACAACACUCGGCGACGGACAAAGCACGAUGGCUAUAGGUCAAAAUAAAUGUAUUUUCUGUUGAAAUGAUAAUAAUAUUUUAAGUAAUUAAUUAAUAUCAAUAAAGACUUCUACCUUAUAGUGUAUGACUGUAAAACAUAAUUGUCAUAUUGAAACUGUUGAACAGAAAUAAGUUAAUCAUGAGAUAGCUGUUGGAACAAAUACCAAUAUUGUAUAUAGAACACCAUAAUAAUAUAAGUUCGAAUAUGUUUUUAUUAUGAUAGGAAAUUGACAUAACAUGUUAAUAUACAUAUAUGUAAAAUUAUGUAAAAAAAAAUAUCUAAAAACUUAAUAAUGUAUACACCGCGAAGGACUUUAAUGUGCAUGUACAUACCAGAAUCCAACAAAGGCGUUUGUUUAUAAGUUACCUUUCUGACGUUCGUUUAUAAGUUACGUACAUACCUUUCUAUCACUUUAGAAUGAACCUUUACUAAACUGUAUCUAAUAUUGGUUUUGUAAUUGACAUAUCUAUGCUUACUUCCGCUAAAAGUGGUUAUCCGUGUGGCGUCUCUGACAAAUCAGUUUGACAAUAGUUUACUUCCGAAGCCAAUCAAGUAAAUCAGGCCAUUCUUCAAACAUGUAGAUAUAGUAUCACCAUACAUGUAGAUAUAGUAUCACCAUACAUGUAGAUAUAGUAUCACCAUACAUGUAGAUAUAGUAUCACCAUACAUGUAGAUAUAGUAUCACCAUACAUGUAGAUAUAGUAUCACCAUACAUGAACUAUCAUACAGCAUACUUAAAACAAAUCCUCUUUGUAACGGUCUUGGUGAUUUCGUGGGUUUUUUUUUACUAAUUUUAAAUCAGAAAAUAUUUGAAUUUAAAAACUCAAAUUCAAUGAAUUAAAAUGACAUUUGCUUGGUAAAUAGAGCAAGAUAGGUUCAGAAUGAUGGAUAUAUCAACUCUUAAAAUGUAAACUUAUAGAUAAUGUAACAAGCAUACUUUAGGUUUGUUUACAUGUAGAUUACACGUAUGUUCACACCACUACAAUGUUAUUAUUAUUAUCAUCACAACCAGCACUUUACGUUAGGGGGGGGGGGGGGGGCA